ACUGGCUGUGAAGUGUUGGGACAUCAGGUUUAAUACAGACUUUUUACUUUUAGAAUUAGUAAAAGCCUUUUACAGUACUAAUUAUUUUCGAAACAGUCUUUGAUGCGACUUACUUCCUUCACUUGGACCAGCUAAAAUUUCUUGACUUUCUCCUUAUUCUGCUUUCGUUACGAAUUACCGUAAUACCUUAAAGUCCCCGAUCAUGCCCGUGUUGCCCGUUGGCGAAUCUCCCGCUCUGGUUUUGUUGUACAAAAUUCCCACGGAACAGUUUGUCCAGACUCCGCCAAGCAACGCACCCACACCAGGUGAAUCGACCUACGCUGUUGAUAUUGCUGUUGAAGGACAGCCGAAUUACCCCGACAUUCUUCCAUCGGUGUGGACCGUGAAAUUGACGAUCUCGGAGAAAGAUGGCGCAGCUACAACUAGUGCAACCGUUAGCCCUAAAGAAGCCAAAAGUAGCAGCACGAUGAUGGUAGAGUACGCUGUCCGGAGUCAUGGAUCGUGCGAUUUUAAGGUGGAAUUGGAGCAAUGUGUGGCGACGGGUUACAGCACACGCAGUACGAUGGGAUGCCUGACCGUCCCUGUAAAUUUUUUUGCCGGAUUUGGACAGCCACAUCAUCGUCUGAAACAAAACGCCCAUGUGUUUGUCAGCCUGAUCUUUUAUCCGGAGAAGCCGACCAAGGAAGGCAGCAAAGACCGUCUGGAUUUGAAGCGCUUGUGGGAAUCCCAAACGCUGUCCGACUGCACACUGGUCUGCGCUGGUCAAGAGUUCCCUGUGCACCGCGCCAUCUUGGCUGCCCAGUCGCCGGUCUUCGCCGCCAUGUUCCAGAACGAUAUGUUGGAGAAGUCGUCGGGAGUCUGCAAGAUUGACGACAUUGGUGCGGAUGUACUGGAGAUGAUGCUUAAUUUCGUUUACACGAGGGCACCUGUCGAAGCGGAUAAUUUGACGGACUUGUGGCGUGCCGCAGACAAGUACGACAUGGAGGAUCUGCGCGCGGAAUGUGUUCAUCGGAUGACCAACUCUAUCACGGCACACAACGCUCUGCAGUAUUUCACUUUGGCUUGUGAACGCGGCUUGACCAAGCUGAAAAUGGCUGCUGGAAAGUUCAUUGGUCAAGAUCCCCUCAGCAUCACUUGAGCACGGUCCGGAAGGGCGAGGAUGUUUUUUAGGCCCAUUUGUUUGUGUGUGCGUAGCGUAGGCCACUAAUUCUUGUGUGGCAUUGGUACAAGCGAUGUAUUUCAGUGCGUGCAGUCACUUCCGUUGGAAUUUCUUUUUCGUGGCAGUGCGCUUCUGGCAGUUUUUAACAUCUCGCUUGCCUCCCGGUUUCUAAUUAUUUUGCGUUGAAGAAAUCUCGUUUGUGAUUUUAUAGUCUUUUUUAUAAUGUGAUCAUUGCACAAUGUUUCCGUAUUAAUAUUAAAAUUGCUUGAAUGACAAGCCGUAAUG